UUGUUUUUCAUGUAAACAAACAAAACAUGCGACACAUUCUUGUUUAUUUAAAAAUAAUGUAAGCAACAUAGUCUUUUGCAGCAUACAGGAGUGUUUUAUCUAUUUUAACUAAUUUGUUAUAUUUUUAUUCUAAUUACUGUUUUUUUUUUCUAAAUAUUUUGCAUAAGUAACAGCCGCUUAAAUCAUAAAGUUUAUGUACGAAAAGAAAUGUAAUUUAAAUUCUUCUAUAUAAUUAAAUACCAUGCAAUUUCACGAUACUUAAAGGUUUUUUAUUUAAAAUAAAACAAUUUGUUAUUCUCAAACAACAAAGAUGCAUUUAAAGACAGUUUAAAAAACAGUGUUAAUAAAAAAAAACAAAGUAUCAUAAAGCAAGUAUCAUAACACUACUAUAUUUUUUAAGAAAGCAACAUAACUUAUUGAUUCUAUAAUUAUAUUCAUCUUUCCAUUCGUUUUUAAGAAAUAAAGAUAUUUUACGUAUUAUUAUUUUUCUAGCAGUCAUACAAUUUAAUUCAUUUUAACAUUUUAACAUGGCAUUGCAUACACAAAAAAGAAACAAAAAUUUGUCUGCAAACGAUAAUUUGACUGAGUCAAUCAAAAAGAAAUACUCAAAAUUAUUGAAAUCAACCAAUGAAAUAUGGUUGGUUAGAUAUCCGCUGGCAGAUAUUAAUACCAGUUCUCUGCCUACUACUAGAGAUGUCUACAGAUUUUUUAGGUUUAUACUAUUUAAAGAUUUUUUUAACUUAAAUUUUUUAUUUCCAAAAAUAACUUUAUUUUUCAAUUAGAAAAUAGACUUCAAUUCAUCUUUUGUUUACUUGUUAAGGUAUCAAUUAAAAAUGAUGAACAGUUCGCUUCAAGUGUUUUCUAAAUGUACAAAAAGAAUGUACUAAAAACAACAUUUCAAAAUUAAAAUUAGCUGCAAUAUUAACGAUGAAAACCGUUAAAGUAUUUUGGGAUAAAGCUGAUAUUCCUUGCAAGCAGGAAAAGUAUAUUGUUGAAAGUAUUAUUAAGUUACAUGAUAAAUGGAGAAGUCUUGCAAAGUUUAAACAUAAAUGUUUUUCAAAAAAAGAUUUACUUAUUCAAGACUUCAAAAAAAUAAUGGAUAAUAUAUUUGAUAUUAGUUCUCCGAAUUGGAAAGAAUAUGUUAAAAAAACCACAUCAAAUUUAAAUGCAGAAGAAGAUAUUAUCUGGUUUUUAGCACUCAAAAGUGGAGUAAAAGUGGAGGGCUAGAUGGAAAAGAUAAUUUUUGAAAUUGAGUGUCAAAAGAAAAAUAAAGGUGGAGGAAAAAGAAAAAUUAAGAAUCAAUAAAGAAAAAAAAAGAAAAAGAAAUGAUAAAGAAGUUGAUUUCAGCAUUUAUAAAAGUGAUAGUGACUCAACUGAAGAAUCAUUUUUUGCUGGGUCUAGAAGUUCUAUGUACUCAGAUUCUCAGAGCUCUUCUAAAAUUGAUUAUGAAGUAAAUAAUUUUGAAUCUUCUACAGAUGUAGUGGAAAAUGUUGUAUCAGAUAAUAUCAAUUUAAUUUUGACAAGAAACUUUGUUUGUCAUCCAAUGAUAACAGCAACAGCUGAUAGAUCUAAACUAUCAAACGCACAGCUUAUGAUGAAUGUUUCAGCAAUCCUGGUUCUAGGUGGUGUUAAAGCUAAUGAUGUAGAUAUUUCACUAAACACAAUUAGAAGAGCACGUAAGCAAAAUAGACAAAUUAUGGCAAGAAAUAUAAUUGAAGAAUUUAAAAAAAAAGUUAGAUUAGAUUAUUUAACUCUUCACUGGGAUGGGAAACUUAUGAAGCAAAUAUCUGGUAAAAAGUUUGACUAUUUAACUGUUUUAGUAAGUGGUUUUCUAAACUGCGAGGAAGGUAAAAUUCUAUCUAUUAAACCUAUUCAGUCAGGCACAGGACAUUCUAUAUGUAAAGGAAUCAUCGAAGAUUUAGAAAAAUUGGAUCUUAAAGAUAAUAUUGUUGCCCAAGUUUUCGAUACAACGGCUUGUAAUACUGGAGUAAGAAACGAAGCAGCAACUCUUCUUGAAGAAUGCAAAUCUAUAAAAACGCUUCUCUGGCUUGCAUGUCGUCAUCAUGUUUUAGAAUUAAUCCUAGGGUCGUUUUGGAAAGCUUUAUUUCAAAAAGAGACAUCAUCUGAUGAUAAUAUAGAGUUUUAAAAUUUUCAAAAAGAAUGGCUUCACUAAAAAAAUUCCUGUCAAACUUUCAAAUAGAUCCCCUGAUCUUGAAAAUUCAUUCUUAAAACAAAAAGCAAAUGAAACUCGCAAUUUCUUAGAAAAAGUAUUGCAGUCUAAGCAUCAUCCAAGAGACGAUUACAAAGAGGCUGCAGAACUAGCAAUUUUUCUAUUAGGUGGAGAAGAGCCCAAGAAAUAGAAAACAUGUGGUGCUCACCAUCAUGCAAGAUGGAUGGCGCAUUUGCUUUAUGCACCAAAGAUGUUAAUAUUUAAAAAAGAUUUAACCAAAUCUGAUUUAAAAAACCUUAAAAUAUUUUUGACUUUUAGCUCAGCCAUUUACAUUAAAGCUUGGUUAGAAGCGCCAAAGGCUUGCGAUGCACCAAUUAAUGAUAUAAAAUUAUUUAAUGAUCUAGAAGCACUUAAAGGUAUUCCAAACUUCGGUGUACCUGCUAAAAAAGCUCAAUAUGUUUUAAGCAGACCCUCUUGGUAUCUAACCGAGCAGGUGUCGGUAUUAAGUUUAUUUUCAAAUAAACUUUCUCUAAAUGAUAAAGAUAAAAUUGCAAAAAAAAAAUGCUAGUAUAUGGAAAACCACUUGGUAUCAAUUGCGGUAAACCAACUCUUCCACUGGUUAGAAAAAAUUCCGAUAUUAAUUCUUAUAUUGGGAAAAAGUCUUGGUUAAUUUUUCUUAAUUUAAAAGAUGAUAGAAAAUGGAUUAAAAUUCCUUCUUCAGAAUGGGACGACAAUGCUUAUUAUUUGAAAAUGUUGCUGUUUAUCAAAACUCUAAAAGUGACUAAUGACGCGGCUGAGAGAGGAAUUAAGUUGUGUUCCGAUUAUCUCCAAAUACUUAUUAAGGUAAGCCGUAAAAUGAGUUGAGAAGGCAAUUAAAAAAUCUACAUAAUCAUAAAAAUUUACUAUUAGAACAGAUUAAAAUAAAAUUUCUUAUCUUAAGGACGAGGCUGUACGAAACGAAGUUUUUAACGUGGUUGAAAAUCACAGAAAAGUUGUAGGCAAUUGUAAUAAGAAGCAAUUAUUCGUUGAUUUAGCUGAGUAUAAAUAAUAACCGCUUUUUUAUUA